GCUUUUACAUUUCGAUUCAAUUAAAUUCAAAACCCUAACUUUCUCUUUCCAUCUCUAAGCAAAAUGAUGUUCUCUCAAAGUCAGUACGAAAAUGGAUUUACUUAUUCUCAAUUAACUCAAUCAGAUUCCACUCCGUCUCCUGCUAAACAGAGUAGAGAUCCACAAGGAACAAUUCCAGUAACAGUGAAGCAAAUCAGUCAAGCAUCUCCCUCAUCCACCGAUGAUAAAUCCAAUUUCAAUAUCGAUGGUGUUAACGUUACCAAUGUAAAAUUGGUGGGAAUGAUUUUUGAUGAAACUGAGAAAGUGACUGAUGUUUCCUUUACCCUUGACGAUGGAACUGGUCGUAUUGGGUGCAAAAGAUGGCUCAAUGAAGCUUUUGAUAGAAAGCAAAUGGAGAUCAUAGAAGAUGGCAUGUACGUUAGGCUUGUUGGCCACUUGAAGAGCUCCAGAGGCAAUGCAGAAAUAGUUGUGUUUCACAUGCGGCCUGUUAGUGAUUUCAAUGAAGUUACCCUCCAUCAAGUAGAAUGCAUUCAUCAGCAUCUUUUGAAUGAUAAGUCACAGAAGGGCGACCCACUUCCUCCAAAUUUAAUGACAGAAUCAUCACAGAACAAUCUAGUCAAAGUUGAAUCCAAUACAUUCCAGUCAUCUACACCAAAUCAAAUGAGUGUUGAUGGGUUAAAAGACAUUGAUCAGAGGGUACUAGAUUUUCUACAGCAAUCUUCAAGCUUGGCUCAAGAAAAGGGUGUACACAGGGAUGAAAUAGCUCGGCAUCUGAAGGUCCCUGUUGAGAAGAUAAUGGAAUCCAUCACUUGUCUAGAGGAUGAAGGCUUAAUAUACUCCACUGUUGACGACUUCCACUUCAAGUCUACUGCUGUUUGAUAGCCUUUUUAUGACUGAAAUGUGAAAUAGCUGAUCGGAUGGUUUGCUGCUGAAGCUUCAAUCACAUUUUCGUGUAGUGACGACAUUAAUCCAAUAGUGUUCUCCAUAUUUAGCUUAGGUAUGUGUUUUUAUAGUAUAUGGUUUAUUUAAGAAGCAAGUUAAAUGCAUCUAUGUUGUAUAGUUUGGCUCUAGUUCAAUAUGAGCACUUCUAGCACUUAUUGUUAACUCUUAUUUGCUGCCUGUUCUGUUUCAUUACUGAUUUUGUAUAAAAUUUUUGCUCCAA